CCGGCGGAUCCUCGAACCUGCGCUUCUCCAUCCCGCUUGUCGCUCGCUUCUUGCUUCUUCUCGUCAUGGAUUACUACAAGAGCGUGGUUCCUUCCCAGCUGAUCAACGAGCGCGGUGCCAAUCUCGUCGUCAUCAAUCCAGGAUCUGCAAAUGUUAGAAUAGGCUUUGCUAAUCAGCAAGUACCAUUCAACAUUCCUCACUGUAUAGCACGGCAUGUGAAGGGUUCCGACAACAGACUGACGGGAAGUGUGCAGGAUCAGGUGCUUAACUUGCAAGCAAUUCCAUCCCAACAAUUGGAGCGUGAGAAGGCAUAUGACACUAUUGCAUCAUUUUUGAAGAUCCCAUUUCUAGAUGAAGAGGUGGAAAGCAACUCAUUUCCUCGUAAGAUGGGACCAGUUGACGGCUAUGCUUCACACCAAAGCAGAAGUGAAACUUCAUAUACUUGGACAAAUGUGAUGGAGAAAAAGACAAACCGAUCUUUGGCAGUUGAUACUUCUCAAAUCACACUUUCUGAAAGAGCAGAGGACAAGGAUGCUGAAUGUGAACCCUCAAAUUCUAAAGCUGAUGAUGAUGGAGAGUCCCCUCCUGAAGAGUUUAUGUUCAAGGAGUUCAUAUGUGGGGAAGAAGCCCUGAAAAUUUCUUCUGUGGAGCCAUAUUGUUUAAGUCAUCCUAUAAGACGUGGCCAUUUUAAUGUUUCACAGCAUUAUCCUUUACAGCAGGUCUUGGAAGAUUUACAUGAUAUUUGGAAUUGGAUAUUAACCGAAAAACUUCAUCUUCCUUCAGGAGAGAGAAACUUAUACUCUGCCAUUCUUGUUUUGCCAGAAACAUUUGACAACCGUGAAAUCAAAGAAAUGCUGUCUGUUGUUCUGCGUGACCUAAAGUUUAGCUUGGCAGUGGUACAUCAGGAAGGUCUAGCUGCAACCUUUGGGAAUGGAUUAUCUACGGCUUGUGUUGUUAACAUUGGUGCUCAAGUAACAUCAGUAAUUUGCAUCGAGGAUGGUGUAGCUUUGCCUUCUACAGUUCUCACGUUGCCUUAUGGUGGAGAGGAUAUCUCGAGAUGCCUCUUGUGGUUACAGCGUUACCAUCAGACUUGGCCACCUAUUCAAACUAAUCCACUGGUGAAGCCUAUUGACAUGUUUAUGCUUAACAAAAUAAAGGAAUCUUACUGUCAGAUUAGAGAAGGAGAAUAUGAUGCUGUGGCCAUAGUUCAUUCAUUUGAUGAAGUUAGACCUGUUGGCUCACAUAAGACAAGGCUAUCUGCCCUAAAUGUUCCUCCUAUGGGUCUUUUCUAUCCUGCACUUCUUGUUCCUGAAGAAUAUCCACAGCCUCCCCGCCCAUGGUUUCAUGACUAUGAGGACAUGCUGGAAGAUACAUGGCAUAUGGAAUUCUCAAGGAGACCUGACAUGUCAGAUGGUCUUUAUCUGGGUGUUAACAGUGGAUUAAACAUGUGGGAUAAUUACUCCAUGCUUCCAUCUAGACCUAAAAAGGAUGAUAAACUUGGCCUUGCUGAAGCAAUUACUAGUAGUAUACUUUCAACAGGACGACUGGACCUUAAGAGGAAGCUGUUUUGCAGCAUACAGCUGAUAGGUGGAGUAUCUUUGACAGCUGGUCUUGUGGGAGCAGUUGAAGAGAGGGUUUUGCAUGCUAUUCCUUCAAAUGAAGCAAUUGACACUGUGGAGGUGCUGCAAUCAAGAACCAACCCAUUGUUUGUGUCAUGGAAAGGGGGUGCGAUUCUUGGUAUCCUGGAUUUUAGUCGUGAUGCUUGGAUACAUAGAGAGGACUGGAUAAGAAAUGGGAUUCACAUAGGAAGUGGCAGAAAAUACAAGGAUUCAUAUUUUCUUCAGGCACAGGCAACGUGCUACAUUAAUUCUUAACAGAACACACUGAAGGGUAAGACCACCACCGUGAAGAGAGUGGUAAUUACAGUCUGGUAGCUGAACUAGUACUAGAAUGAAAAGCUUGCAGCAUUCAAGUGUUUGCACUGGUGGUGCUUUGAUCUGAUUAGUUAAGCAAAUUUCACAAGCAGCACGUUUAGAUGUGGUUGUCCGAGCUGCAUUGCAAAGUUUCAAGCGAGUAGGCAUGUCUUUCAGCACUCUUGGAGGGAAAAAGCUGCACCAUGUGUAGGAGUCCACUUGGGGUCCAAAAGGAAAAGUGCGGAAUAUGAGGUAUGUAUUGAGCCUAGACUUGCUAACACAGGAACUAUAGUGGAGUGCAUUCAGCCUAUUCUCUUUUUUGUAAGAUCAAUUGUACAAGACAGGUAUUAUAGUUGGAUGUGUAUGCUCAAAACACUUUUCAUUUAUUUACUGCUUCGGUAUGCAGUGCUAGCUUGGAAGUAA